AGGCGAUGGAGCUUCGACGACGACCGUGAGAAGAAAUGGAGCUCCAACGAUGGCCGUACAUGUUCGAUGUCUGGCAGGCGAUAGUGUUUCCGCCUUCCGGUGACCACAUCGUGCUCGAGCUGCAUCAGCGGAGCUUCUUUACAUGCAUUGGUGAUGACGAGGUUGAUGAUGGGAGGAAGCAAGUUACAAUCUUUUUUGGUACACCAGACCAGAACUGCUGAAGGGUUUGCUAAAGUGAGUUGCUUUGAUUCAAAACAGAGUGAAGGUGAUGAAAUCUAAAGCAAGAUACGAGAAGAUCAGAUUCAAAAUGGUUGAUUUGGAAGAUUAUGCUGCUGAUGAUGAUGAGUACGAGGAGAAGUUGAAGAAAUAGGAUAUGGCUUUCUUCUUCUUAGCCACAUAUGGAGACGGUGAGCCAACAGACAAUGCGGCGAGAUUCUAUAAAUGGUUCACCGAGGGGAAUGACAGAGGAGACUGGCUCAAGAACUUGAAGUAUGGUGUUUUUGAAUUAGGAAACAGACAAUAUGUGUUAGGAAGUGUUCUGGAACGGCCUGCAGUGUCAAGCAUGAUCGGAUACACUACAUUGACGUAUGUCCCGCGGGACAGCCUGCAAAGGAGUGUGCAUUUGGCGGUACGGGUUUGGGAUGACCUUUUGGAGACCGUAGCCCGCGCGGACCUGACCCGCAGUGACCGGCAAAGUGAUGAGCCCGCUGCGGUACGGGAUGGAACGGGACGGAUCAACCCGUUUGACAUCUCUACCUGUUUUAGUUUAGUGAUUGUAGUUGUAAGCUGAUGACAUGUUAAUUAAGCUGACAUGGCAAAUUCUGAUAGGUUUAAAUUAAUCAGUCUACGUGAACAGUUUCUCUACUCACUUUAUUCUCCUUUUAGUAUAGUAUAAAUGCCGGUACAAUGGUAUGGCUGACAGAAGUUGACUGGUCUAGUCUUCGCUACCCCAAAAAAAUUUCCACAUGUUUCUUUCCAUAGUUUUCUCCCAUGAUAUUAAAAUUCAUUAAUAACUCCUCGUUAUGGAAAUUUAUGCAGAUUUUUUUGAACCAACUCAAAAAUUAUUACGUGGAGUAAAAAAGGUUCAUGAUGUUUGCUGUGUAACCAGGGGCGGACCCAAGUACAGUAUGGGUGUGGCACGUGCCACAUACUGAUAUUAUAUAAUCCUUGUGUAAGAAAUAUAUAGACAAGUAUGUAGCUUAAUUGGCUUUAAAGGCUUAUAUGUGCUCCACCCACUCAUUGUUCGAAACAUGAGCUACGGGUUUUGUUCUUUCAUUUUAUCUUGCGCCCUCUUGAUUCAACUUUUCGUAAAUGACAACUUCUCUCUUAUUUCCUUGUUUUUGCUACCAAAGUCUAAAACAGUUCUUUCUUUUUAAUAAUUAUUUGUUUUCCUUCUUUCUUUAAAAUGAUUUUCCAAAGUAAAAGAAUAUAAUUUAUUCAAAUUUUGUUGUAACAAUUAUUUUACUAAGUUCAUUUUUAGUAGUCAGAUUAAAAUAACAACUAAAGGAAUUAGUUUUCAUAAUAAAAUUAUUAUGUGCAAUAUAUAAUUUAAAACAAACAUUUAAAAUAUGAAAACUGGUUUUUAAUUCAUUUAAAUUAAGAUAUUUUUUUUAAUUAUGAAUGUCUUUUAAAAGAAUAUAAUUUGAUUUAAUAUACUAAAUUAAAUUUUAUAUUUUUAUAUUUAUUGUGCUCCAGGUUAUAUUAUUUUCUAGAUCUGCCCCUGUGUGUAACCAUAGUAAUCCAUUAAGAACAUAAAUGUAUAUUUUACUUAUACAGACAAAUUAUAAACGUGGUAAGAAACUGUAAAGUGUCUAUGAAUGUUUUUCUCAAAAAAGGUCUAAUGUGGAACAAGUUACUUUCAUGGAUCAUGGGGCCACGGUAUUAUUUUGAAAGCGGACCGUUUAUUUUUAAUGUUGUCUGUAAGUGGGAUGUGAAUAGCUCCCUACCAAUCAGACACCUCCAUGCCUUCUAAUUUAUCUAGAAUUAUUGAUUUCGUUGGGAUGAAAGUAGAAACUGGAGUUACGUAUUUGGUGACGAAUUUGACGCGUUGCGACAAAAUAAAAAAAGACGUUUUUGACGAGCUUUCUCUUUAAGCGCGAGGUUAGGUUCAUAAUUAGAUACUUGUGAGAUAAAUCACAAAGUAUUUAACAGUCAAGGGACCUAAUCACUAUAUUUCACAGCGUUGCGCGAGAGCGUUUCUCGUUGAGGUCGUUAUUUUUAGAUAUUUGUAAACUGGGCCCGAUGGGAAUUAUACUAUUAUAGUGAUCAAAUUGGGUCCAAAUUCUUCAAUGUAUGACAAUACAUGUCGCCAUAUUUGUCUCUGUCUACCUGAUUCUGUCCUGGUCUUGAUUUUUCUUGUCAUUUCAUACAAAAAUAACAAAUUUAAUUUUAAUAUAUGAAAAAAACAAAAUAUCCAACGAACAAAAAGAGUUGUAAUAAACAGGAUCAGUUCUAGAUAAAGUAAUAAAUUUUAGUUCUGGUUUCCAAAUUUAAAAGACUUAAUAUGUACACAUAGUAUAGUCUUGAAACAAUAGAAAGAGUUAUUUUAAAAAAUUUAGUUAAAAUGUUUGUGACUUCCUAAAUUUGAAUAGUAGUAGAGGCCAAAUUAAUAUUUACAGGUGCAAAAGCAUGAAAAACUGAAAAAGAGGAUCUAAAUGGAAUAAAGAAUAUUUGGCCCAUUUCUCUCUGCGUCGGUGACGUGAAGCUUCCCUGCUGGAGAAAAGCUCACAUGCGUAAUCUCAGUUUAUAUUUAGGACAGCAACACAUGUCCGAACACAACACACUUCUAUAUCUGUUUCGAAUUCAACUCUGCUGUCUUUUUUUCCAUCAUAUUAUUUAAUUUAUUUCGUUGUCAAAAUCUCAGAAUAAAACCAUCUAUAUUUCGACAAAUGUGUGUAUAACUCUUUCUUUUUCUUUGUCCUGAUUUAGUUUUCUUUUUUGAAUCGGUCUGAACUCGGACAAUUAAUCCGCCAUUUUCUCCUCGGUCUCUCUACUCAUCUGAUCAUCUCUUCAGUAUCGGAUCUGAGUCUCCUUCUCUUUCGUUUCAAGAUUAAUUUGCUUCUGGAGACAACGUGUUAGCUGUAAUUCAAUUAUUUACUUGCUUUGGCUAUUAAACGCGUCGUCACAAGCGUCAAUAUAAGACAAACUCAAACACAGAGACAUCUAGUUUGCAUAUGCGUGUCAUUUCAUCUCUAUCGGUAAUAGAUCUUGAUUAGAGAUUCAAGAGCUAAGAGAACUUCGAUUCUUGUCUAAAGUGUGAAGCUGUGUUCUGUUUUGGUUCUGUUAUCUCGUUUUGAGUGGAUAAUGGGAAUGAGUCUCGAUUUUGAUGUCGAUCUUGAGAAAGGACUCGUCCACUGCGUCAAUGAAUCGCCGGAGAAGCCAUUGAUACCGACUUCUACAGAUAACAAACCGGUAAUAACCGCAGAAGAAACCGUCGGUUCGUUAGAAAACGACGCGACUCCGGUUCAGUCUGCGAUCAGUAAACCGGGAUGGGGAAGGGGCGAUCGGAAGGAGAACCGCAAGAAAUCAGCGUCGAAGCCUCCCCGUCCGCCGCGCGGACCGUCUCUAGACGCAGCGGACCGGAAGCUGAUAAGAGAGAUCGCUGAACUGGCGAUACUGAAACGCGCGAGGGUCGAACGUAUGAGAGCUUUGAAGAAAUCGAGAGCGGCUAAAGCUGCGUCUGCGGCUUCUUCUCUCGGGAAUGUACUGGCCACGCUUCUCACCGUUAUAUUCUUCUUUGUCCUCGUUUUGCAAGGAUUAUCUCCGAGAGCAGCCGAUAGCUCCGGGAGAUCUCCGUUAGUAGACACCGGAAAAGCUAAUGGUGGUUUUGUUUCGGUUCAAUAUGCGGGAACUCCGUCUGCGAGUGAACCGGAUGGUGGUUAUACCGGUCCGGGUUUAGCACAGAGAUUACCGAAUUUACUAAAACCGGUUUCCGGUUUGAAAAGAAGAUGAAUAGAGAGUUUCACAAUGAAGCUUAAACCAAAGAACUGGAAUUGGACAAUUUCGUCACUGGUUCAUCAAACCAUUUGUCGGUGGACCGUGUACUCGGACAGAAAAAUUUUGGGGGUAAAAUUGGCUGCUUUCUCGGCGGAUUAGUUUUGUAAUGUUUUUUUCCUAGAAAUAGUAUGAGAGAAGUUACAAAAAUAAAAUAAAAUCAGUGUUAUAUAUC